AGUCCUUAACUAUUCAGAAAAGAAAAAAAAAUAUUAAAAUAUGGCUAAAGACUCCAAUGGUGGGUACCAUUGGAGAUGCUCUAAGAUUAAAUCUGGAAAGAACCCUUGAAUCCUAAUAGUGAUAUAAAGAGAAUCCUAUGCAUAAAACGACAGUGUUGACCCUACCAAAAGCCGUUUUAAACGUGGUGGUGGUGGAUGCAUUGCUUCCCUUAAUAAAGAGUGACUUGGUUGAUAAGAUACGAAAUCAGAUUGAAUGGUGAAUACACACACAAACCCCAAUCUCAUGGGAUAUAUAUGAAAAUAUUAAUACUAACAACUACGUACCUACCUGCAUGAUGGCUUUAAACGUGAUCAAAAUCUCCCCGGUUCGUCCUGCAACCCCCUCCCUCUCCCCGGUCAUCCUCCCACUAACAUUCUUCGAUCUACUCUGGCUGCAUCUCGUUCCUACAAACCGAGUCAUCUUUUACAAACUCACCGAGUCAUCAUCAUCUUGCGAUUCCUUCCACUCCGCUAUCCUCCCCAAGCUCGAGCGGUCCCUUUCCCUCGUCCUCGCACACUUUCUCCCUCUCUCCGGUCAUCUUAACUGGGACCCACAAGCUCCUAAACCCCACAUCCUCAUCUCGCCGCAUGACGCCGUUUCCCUCACAGUGGCCGAGACCGACGCCGAUUUCUCUCAGAACUCCACCAAAGGGAUCCGUCCCCGGAAGGAGCUACGCGCUCUUGUCCCCGAGCUGCCGGUUUCUUCUUACUCAUCCCCUGUCAUGACGCUGCAAAUUACACUGUUCCCGAGCCAAGGCUUCUGCAUGGGACUCUCGCUGCACCACGCUGUCGCUGACGGCAAAACCGUGGUUAAGUUUCUCAAGUCGUGGGCUCACAUAUGUAAACACGGGGCAGCACCACGAGAUUUUGAUCUACCCAUGGUUUUAGAUCGUACGGUCGUCAACGUUCCAGCCGAACUCGAAGCUAAGAUCUCGCGAGACAAAGCAAGCGUAGCAAGGUCCGUAAGUCUUCAUCCCGCCGCCGAAGAGACUGACGAUCUCGUCAAGCUCACGCUCGAGCUGAGUCAUGAGGACGUGGAGAAGCUUAGAGAACGGGUGCGAAGGGAGUCGACUCGCCCCGAUCUCCCACACUUGUCGACUUUCGUAGUCACUUACGCUUAUGUAUUGGCCUGUGUGGUGAAGGCACGUGGAGGCGAGGAGGAAGAAGAUCGACUGGUUCCGUUCAUGUACGUUGCUGAUUUCAGACAACGGUUACACCCGCCUGUUCCCGUGAACUACUUUGGGAACUGUGUGUUGCCUAUCAAUUUCUAUCGAUACAAAGCGACGACGUUUUCUGGGAAAGAUGGGUUUGUCAAUGGGGUCGAGAUUCUCGGUGAUUCGAUAAGAGGUUUGAGUUCGCGAGGUGCUGAGGAGUCAUUAUGGGAGAUGUAUGAGGAAGGAUUAAAAUGGGCGGAACCAGGUACACCGAAGGUAAUCGUCGCUGGGUCUAACAGGUUUGGGAUAUACGGGUCAGAUUUUGGGUGGGGAAGACCCGUUAAUACUGAGAAUAUAAGCCUCACUAGAAACAUUCUCUUCACUAUGUCGGAGAGGAGGGAUGAGAUUGGUGGUGUGGAGAUUGGCAUGUGUUUGAAGAGAUGUGAGACGGAUGUUUUUGUUUCUUUGUUCCGAAAUGGAUUGUAAAAAAACUUGACAAGUUUUGAACUGCAUUUCUCCUUUCCAAAGAUGUUUUAAAUUAGUUGUGGAGUUGCAAGACCUUUAUAAAUAAAACUCUACCUCGAGAUUACAAGAGGAAGAUUAUAGCGUUUUGAAACGAUUGAAUCUUUGGAAAAAUGAAUAAAUUUUAGCGAAAAAAAAUGAAGGGCUUGUAGGUCUGUUCAAACACUGUUUUUGACAUGCUGACUGGUCCAAUAGUGGCCUUCCGGCGGUCAACGUGGCCCAGAUCAUUAGCUCGUUGGAAAUUUUGUAACGACUGCUAUCAUCUGAUAUAUUCAACCGCCAAAAAGUUUUUGAAUGAAUAUGAUGCAAUGAAGUAUGUAUGUCCACCCUCUUUCCAUUGUUCAAAGGCGGUCAAGGAGAGAGGAAUGGCACCUUAUUAUUUUCUUAAAAUAUGCACAGACGAGAAAUACUAAUAAAUAAUAAUCAUGCAUCAAACAACCAAAAUCGAGUAGUUGAUUCUUUAUUGACAAACAAUUUUCAGUAGAUGAACUGUAUUAGUAAGGGGAAACAAAUCCUCACUUAUUUAAUACCAAACAACACAACAACAAAUGGGUUACAAAUCCCAUUAUCCCCUCCCCCACUUUUGUGUAAAAAAUCUCAUCUCCACACAGGCAUAUAAAUCAAAUUAUUUAAUUCCACCCUGAACGUGGAGAGAAGGGAAAAAACAUAAUCGCAAAAA